AUGGACGCUGAGGAGGAGGACCUGUGUCUGCUGACCGCCCUGCUGGAGGAGAACGAGGCGGCCUCGGGCAGGGAUCCCCAUGGUGGCCCGGACACCUUCGAUGAGCUCUUCGAUGCGGAUGGGGAUGGGGAGUCCUAUACGGAGGCAGUGGAGGAUGAGGAGGGAGGAGCCCCUGAAGACCAGAAGGAAAACGUGGCCGCCCUGUUUGGGGACGUGGGCGACUUAACGGACGAAGAGGAAGGUGCCCCUCCGCAGUCAUCAGCAUACAACGCUCCCCAUCCAGGGAAAACCCAUCAGGAGCUGCAAGAUGAACUAAGGAAGUUGCAGGAGCAGAUGAAGGCCUUGCAAGAGCAGCUGCAGAUGGCCACCAUCGCCAAGCCUGCGCAGCCACUUCCACCCGAGUCCCGGGGAGACAGUGCUCCGCGCCCCCCUCUCAAGGAGAAGAGGCUUCGGAGAAUCCAGGAGUCCACCUGCUUUUCUGCCGAGCUUGAUGUCCCGGCUCCGCCCAGAGCUAAGCGAGUGGCUCGGACCCCGAAGGUGGACCCCAAAACUCCCGCCGAGCCCAAAAGCUCGCCUUCAGGGCCCGCGGUGGCACCCACCCGACCACUGCAGAGCACGCCUGGGAACGAGCCCGGCAGAGGGGUGCGGGGCCAGCGGACAGAGGCGCCCAGGAGCCCCGGGGCAGCGGCCGAGCCCGUGUCUGUGGAGGCCUUCUCCGGCCUGCGGCUCAGGCGGCCUCGUGUGUCCUCCACAGAAAUGAACAAGAAGAUGGUCGGCCGGAAGCUGGUCCGCCUGUCUCAGCUGCAGGAGAAGCUGGCCACUGAGAAACUGGACGAAAUCGACUGGGUGACCUUCGGGGUGAUCCUGAAGAAGGUCACCCCGCAGAGCUGCAACAGCGGGAAAACCUUCAGCAUCUGGCGCCUGAACGACCUCCGGGACCUGACGCGGCACGUGUCCCUCUUCCUGUUCGGGGACGUCCACAGGCAGCUCUGGAAGACGGCCGAGGGCAGCGUCGUCGGGCUGCUCAACGCCAACCCCAUGAAGCCCCGGGACGGCUCCGAGGAGGUGUGCCUGAGCAUCGACCAUCCGCAGAAGAUCUUGGUCAUGGGGGAGGCGCUGGACCUGGGCACCUGCCGGGCAAAGAAGAAAAAUGGGGAGCCAUGUACCCAGACGGUCAACCUGAGGGACUGCGAGUACUGCCAGUACCACAUCCAGGCCCAGUACAAGCGGCUGAGCGCCAAGCGCCCGGACCUGCAGUCCAGCUUUUCCGGUGGGCGCAUCCCCAAGAAGUUCGCACGCAGGGGCGCCAGCCUCAAGGAGCGGCUGUGCCAGGACGGCUUCUACUACGGGGGCGUGUCCUCCGCCUCCUACGCAGCCUCCCUGUAAGUGGCAAGCGGAGCCCCCAAAAAGAAGAUCCAGACCACGCUGAGCCACCUGGUGGUGAGGGGCUCGGACCAGGUCCUCCAGGAGACGCAGCGGAAGCUGGGAAUGCCCCAGAAGAGCUUGUCGUGCUCCGAGGAGUUCAAGGAGCUGAUGGACUUGCCCACGUUUGGUGCCCGGAACCUGAAGCAGCAUUUGGCGAAGGCCACGUCAGGGGCCACCGGGCUCCUGAGACCAGCCAUCCAGUCCAUCUCAGCCUCGGCCCUGCUGAAGCAGCAGAAGCAACAGAUGCUGGAGAUGAGGAAAAAGAGGGCGGAAGAGAUUCAGAAACGCUCUCUCCAGAGUGCCAGCCAACUGCGGGACCCCACGGUGCCACCCCCGUCCCCCCCACCCCCGCCGGGAACACCGCACGCGGGGCCGCAGCUGCCUCGGCUGGGGCGAGGCAUCGCGGAAGGAGACGACAUUCUCUUUUACGAUGAGUCACCACCACCCAAACCUCAGCUGGGCGCAUUAGCAGAGGCUAGAAAGUUAGCUGCCAUCACCAAAUUAAGGGCCAAAGGCCAGAUUCUCACAAAAACCAACCCAAACACCAUUAAAAAGAAGCCGAAGGACCCCAGGGCUGUCCUCGAAGUGAAGGGCCGUGUAGAGAAGAGUAUCUCAGGCCCUGCUCCAGCCGAGGAGGACUUGGAGCCCGCCAGGAAGAGGAGGAAAGAGCAACAGGCCUACCUGGAGUCCGAGGAAUUCCAGAAGAUCCUAAAGGCCAGGUCGAGGCACACGGGGAUCGUGAAGGAGGCCGAGGCUGAGCUGCAGGAGCGUUACUUCGAGCCGCUGGUGAAAAAGGAGCAGCUGGAGGAAAAGAUGCGCAGCACGCGUUCCGUCAAGUGCCGCGUGGUGACAUGCCGCACGUGUGCCUACACGCACUUCCAGCCGCGGGAGACCUGCGUCAGCGAACAGCACAAUCUGCGCUGGCACGAGGCCGUGAAGAGCUUCUUCCGGUGCCCCUGCGGGAACAGGACCAUCUCUCUGGACCGGCUCCCCAAGAAGCACUGCAGCAACUGUGGCCUCUUUAAGUGGGAGCGAGACGGCAUGCUGAAGGAAAAGACGGGCCCGAAGAUAGGUGGAGAGACCCUGCUGCCCAGGGGCGAGGAACACGCCAAGUUCCUCAACAGCCUGAAGUAG